AUGAUUCAAUUUACAAAUUACCUCUUGUCCGAAAGCGAAAGCAUCGCAGGAAACGGCAAGAAGGACAGCCUCCUUUGGGUCGAGGACUCCGCAUGGUGGGUCGACUCCGAGACGCUUCAUGUUGGUGGUCUUGAUUCCGUAUCCGAUACGACGGGCGGACGAGUUGAUCACCUUGAUGUGGUAGGUGUGCUUGUCGUCAUACGGAGCGUUGAAGACGAUCUUGGCGUUGGGUUGGGUUUGGAUGUCUCCUGGUGGGACGGAUUGAGCCAUGUUGGUUGGAAAUCGGAUGCCGAUAAACUACAACUAGCAUCUGAUGAAAAGCUGACAAUUGUUAGAUUGAAUCGAUCUUUGAAGAAUAAAAAUGAAGAGAUUGCAGAGCUGAAAUACACUAUUGAGAAGUUGAAACAGCGACAAUCAUCUAAUCACUCUGCUCCACCAUCUCGUCAGUCUAGCUCUUCAAAAGCUUCUUCAAACAACAACAAUGACGAUGAAGAGAAAGAUUCAGAACUGGAAGAAAUGUCUGACGUCACGGAAUCUGGAAGAUCUACUCCGAUAAUUGAAGAGAAGAAACCAAGAAGAGGAUCCAAUGGUCAUCGGAACACAUCUUCUGUCUCCCAUCCGCCUCCAAGGAUACCAGAUCAAAACGAGAAAGUGUUGAUGGAUAAGUUGAAAAUAGCAGAAAAUGAUUUGUCAAUGCUCCAGGAAGAAUGUGAAUUAUUGAAGAAAGCGAACGAGAGACUCAUUCAACAAUCCCUGUCUAAAUCCACAGAAUAUGGAGCACGAGAGAGUAUUGAAGAGAAGAAAAAGAUAGUUGAGUUAGAAGAGAACUUGAAAGAAACAGAGAAGAGAAUCAGGGAAAGUGAACACAGAAGAAGGGAAGAUCAGAAGAAAUUCGAGGCGAUGAGAAUGCAUUAUAAGACUAAAUAUGAAGCAGUGAAGGCAGAAAAGAAGCAGUUGAGUAGUAGUUCUACAGUGACAGCUCCUCCAGUGAAAAAAGUAGAGGAAGAUGAUGGACACGAUUCACCUCCUCCGAUGAUCUACGAGCCAGUCCGGAAACGACCUUCUCAAAGUGAAAUCAGUCGAUUGAGGAGAGCAGAUGACGAUUUAUUACAAAAAUUAUACAAAGAAGUUGCUGAUAUUCUACAGUCUCAUGAUGUUGGAAUAGCUGAAAUGUCGAAUCUUGGACCAGGAGAGAACAAUUUGAGUAGAUGGCAAAAGUUGUAUUCUGAAUUGUACGAAGAACUAGAAAAAGUUCGAAAUAUGUUAGUGGUUCAGUAUGAUAUCAAUCAGAAACAGACGAAGGAGAUACAAUUACUGAAAGAUGAAUUAGAAAGGCUGAAAACUGUUAGUGCUGAUAUAUUAUCAAAAUCGAAAGAAGAAAUUGAAGAAAAACAGAAAAAGAUUUACAUGUUGGAAGAACAGAUACGAGUUAUUGCGUAUUCAGGACAGCAGCCAGUCAAACUUCUCUCUAAUCAGAUAAAUAUUCCAACUCCAAAAAUCAAUACAAAUCUAUUCGUGAAGUUGGUAAAUGUGAAACCCUCUCCAUCUCUCACUUCCAAAUUUUUCUUCUCGAUGGAAUUCUUUGACUUUCAAUUGGAAACCACACCAAUCCUGGAUCCAAAAGAACAAAAUAUGGAAUUCACAACGGUUUAUGAUGUUCUUGUUUCGAAUCUAUUGAUUCAUUAUCUGCAAACGAAUGGAAUCGUGAUAGAGAUGUACCGCCCUGCAAGUGACUGUUAUAAACUUCUCGCUGCUGCCACGAUUUCAUUGAUUCCAUUGUUUGAAGACAACGUUCUUCAGAAAUUUUGUUCAGAAAUAGUGAUGAAGUCUGUCGAAUCGGGAGUUGAUAUGUGCACACUAAGAUAUGAAAUUGAAGUUUCCCAACCGAUUUCUGAUAGUUUCAAAAAAUUCAAAAAAAGUGAGACCGCUCGCAACAUGCUGCCGUUGAAACUGGAGAAUGGUGAUGAAGACGAGAAUAAUUUCGAGCCGCUGACAAUCAUGGUGAAUCGAGUCAUCGGUUUGGAUUCUCUUGGAAGAGAUUCAUCAGCAGAAUUCUGUGUUGUCUACGAGCUACUCUCAUUCUCUCCGUAUUUCACUGAUUUCUCAUCAAACUCCGAAAUCAGAUCGAAGAGAGAUUGCUUCAUUCCGAAGAAUGAAAUAGCAAGAAACCUAUUUUCUACUUCGAGUAUUUCCUUCUUUCUGAUUGAGAAUAUUCCGAAACAAGAUGGAGUCAUUGCCACCUUACACCUACCUCUUCACCCAUUAUGCAAACUUGGUGGAUCCAUAAAAGGAACAUUCUCUAUGCUCGAUGCAGAUGGUCAUUCUACUUCAGUAUCUCUCGAUCUUUGUCUUAUUUGGAAACAUGAAAUUCCUUCUUUCUUCUUGAAACCGGAACCAAAUACAAUCAUCGACCCAGAAUCUUCCAAAAAGGACACCCCAAUCCUUCCCCAACCAGUUCGACGUACUUCAAAACAAUUCGAUGUGACACCAGUUAGUGAUAAUGAACCAAUUCUUCGUGAAGAUGUUCCAGUGCCUCCAAAAGCACUUUCUCCGAAACAAGAAUCUCCCAAAAGGAAAGAUUCUUCAUCUUCAUCCGAUACUUCGUUUUCCAGUUCUUCCAAAGAUUUGUUCAGUCCACCGAAGACAACACCAUUGGCAUUUGAUUAUGAACUACCAACAGUUUCUUCGCCUCCAGUUGUAGAACGGGAAGAGGAAGACCGAAUUGUUUUCGAUGAAGAUGAUGAAAUUGAAUCAGUAUCAGCGGUUUCUACAACUAGAGAUCAUGAAGCUCCAACAUUCCCCGAUGAUCCAACACCUCCUCUUCAUGAUGUUCGACUAGAAGAAAAUGAAGAAAAACCGAAAAGUCCUUCUCCUAUUCAGACAGAGAUGCCACAACAUCCUAAAAGAAAUUCAAUCCAACCCGAAGAAGCUCCCCAACCAGAACCAACAGUCGACGUCCAAAAUACUCCACAUCCAGAAGAAGUGGAGAGCAGAGAAUCCACUCCAACAACUCAGAAAUCUGUGGAAGAAGAGGAAAUAGUGGAGCCUGAACCAAAUGAACCUGAGCCUGAGAAUAACAACAGGAAAGAGUUGAAGACAGAAGAAUUGAAAAGUCUAUUAGGAAUACUUCCUCCAAUUGCAAAACCUAGGAACAUACCAGUUGCUCCUUUAUCACUAAAUGAAGAACCAACUCCAUCGAGACCUGGGAAUUCAACUAAAGGAAUUGUAUUCAACGAUCCCAUUCAUUCUUCUUUCCCUACAUCUGAUUCUUCUGCCACAUCAUCACCCCGUCAAAAACCACCUGUCCCUUUGCCGGAUUACGAAGGGCAUAGUUUAAUCAGAGUGCCCAAACCGCUGUCGCCAACCGACAAAGAUGUACUUGAGCCGAAUAUGAAAGUGACUAUCCAGCUGGAAUCAUUCGAGUUAAUUCCGGGUUCAAGUAUGACUUCAUGGACUCGAGAGGAUACAAGAAUUUGUGUUGAUUGGUUGUUCUUGAAUAUCUCGAAUGAGCAGUCAAAGAGUCCAGUUUUUCAUUUUCCCAGGCGACCACAGGAGAGAGUUGACAUAGAUUUUAGCAAGGAAUACACACUGACACGUGGCCAGGUUCAACUUCUGAAACAAUGGAUUCAACUGAGUAUCAAACUUGAGUUUGCGAUUAUCAAAGUCAGUCCAGGCGAAGAAGAAGAAUUAGGAUUCGGAAGUCUUAUCUUAUCUCCAAGUAACAGUAACUUCCGGUCAUUUGUUAUUGAAGUUUAUGAUCAAAGUCCGAUGACAAUGGCACAAGCGGAGCUGACAGUCACAAUUCAGUUCUCCCGAGCAUUACUCGAACAAUUGAAUAAAAAUGAAAUGUAG